AUGAGUUUGCUGGACGAUUUAAUUUUUGCAUCCGAUCAAUUGGUUGAAUUUUAUGCGGCCUUUAAGGCAAAACCAGCCACAGCUCAUUCGGUUUCGUUGCUCGAAGCAUUUCAAAGCGAAUUAAAAAGUUUAUGGCAAGACGUUAAGUUUGCUUAUGCGCGAUGCAUCCGAGGAGACGAAGAUCUAAAAGAUUCACUAUGCGAAGUUAAAGCAAAAUAUCAAAGUUCCUCUUCAACGUUCUUUCAAUGUUCAAGUGACAUUGCGGAUUUAUUGAAAGCACUUAAUGCAAAUCCUAAAGUUUCUAACGAUCCAGGUGUACAUAGUACUCUUCCAAACAGUGAACAUUCCCACAACAUAAAAGUCCCUGCUUGCGAUACGCAAGAUUUUCAUGGCAAUUAUUUAGAAUGGCCUUCUUUUAGGGAUAUGUUCACUGCUGUUUAUAUAAACCAUUCAAAGCUUAGCGAUGUACAAAAACUUUUUCAUCUACGGUCUAAAACAAAGGAUGCAGCUUUUAACAUCGUUAAUAAAUUCGGUUUAACCGAUAAUAAUUUUCAAUUGGCGUGGAAUGCUCUAAAGGAGCAUUAUGAGAACAAACGAAUUUUAGUUAACAAUCAAAUACAGAUUCUUUUAAAUCUAAAACCCAUUUAUUUCGAACCCGCAAAGGAUAUUAAAAAUUUGCAAAGUAGUAUCAACGAUGCUUUGAUCGCACUACAGUCGUACGAUAUCCAAACCGAUGCGUGGAAUGCAAUUAUUACCUUUCUUUGUGCAUCUCGUCUCCCAGAUACGACACUUAGUCUAUGGGAAACAUCUUUAAGCAAACCAACCGAAAUUCCUUCAUGGGAAACCAUGAACACUUUUUUAACAAAUCGGUAUCGUAUUCUUGAGAGUGUUUCUGAGAUGAAACUUAACUCUCAUAACAAAACACAAAGUAUCAAACCUGUAACGUCACAAGUUACGAAAUCAAAACCACUUAGAAACUUUCAUAUGAAAGUCGUUCCUGCAUGUCAAGUAUGCAGUGAACAACAUCCACUUCGCACUUGUCCAAUAUUUUUGAAAAUGUCUGUUGAUGACAGGCAUCAAGCAGUGCGCAAACAUAAGUUUUGUUUCAAUUGUCUUGCAAUAAAUCACAAUCUUAAUCAAUGCAAAAGCACUAGCACCUGCCAACGAUGUAAAGGCAGACACCAUACGUUACUUCAUUUUGAAAAAAAGGUUCCAUCCUAUAAUGGUAGCUCACAAAAAAGUUCGUCUUCUUCAUCUUCACUUCACGGUUCUUCUUCACUUCACAAUUCUUCUUCACUUCACGGUUCUUCUUCACUUCAUGGUUUAUCUUCACUUCCUAAUUCAUCUUCACUUCCUAGUUCAGCUUUAUAUUCUGAUUCACCUUCAUCUUCGGGCAUUCCGCCACCACAAAGUAACAAUUCAACUAUACAGUCCACUCAGAUCACCAAUCAUAACGUCAUGUUUACUAAGUCUUAUCGGCAAGUUUUAUUGGCAACAGCUUUAGUGAAGAUUAAACAUCAAGGUUCAGAAUUUGAUCUUAGAGCUCUUAUUGACCAAGGCUCUGAAGUUUCAUUCCUGUCAGAAAAAUUCCAAAAGCUCAUAGGUCUUCCCACUGAAAGUACUCAAGAUAAUAUAUGUGGUAUGGGUUCAACUGUUACUGCUUCCGCUUCAAAACUUUGCAAUUUUACUCUUAAGUCUAACUUAAAUAAUUUUGAAAUAGAGACUCGAGCAUUAGUUUUGAAAAAACUCACUAGUAAUCUUCCAGCAGUAUCAAUGGAUCUUGAUCAAACACACUGUAAUUUUAACUUUCCGUUGGCAGAUCCUUUCUUUUACCAGAGUUCAAGUAUUGAUAUGCUCAUCGGAGCAGAUCUUUAUCCAGAUAUAGUUUUGGAAGGGGUGAAAAAAAAUGUUUUAAAUUCUUUAUUAGCACAAAACACAGUUUUUGGAUGGGUUUUACUCGGUCCUUAUGACGAUAUUCCCACCAUUUCAAAUUUUUCAACUUUUGUCUCGUAUAGUGACGAGCCUCCACCAAGUCACUGUAUUGAAAGAUUUUGGAAAAUCGAGGAAUUACCUCAAAUUUAA